UACCCUCUUCUUCAUCCGUCUCAUGUGAUAUUAGCUCCCCCUUUUUCUUUCUCUCUCCGUUUCUCACUUUCUCUAGAUCCAAACACCCUGUACAGUCUGUAUUAUAACCUCCAUCUCGCCUCUCAGUCUAUGUGUGCUUUUCGACGUAUGAGGAGAAAGCUAAGCUUGAGAAAGUUUUAAUCUCUCUAGCACUGAAACAAGAUUUUCUUUUUGGCUGCAGUAAGGAAUGCCACGUGUGCCAUUUGAACCGGCGUGAUUAUUGCUCUUUUAGUUCUGAUCAGCUCUGUGGUUCUAUUGGUGUUCAUAAAAUGGGCAAAUGCAAGGGUUGUGGGAAACUAGGAAGAAUGGUGCCAAGGGAUGAGUCUGUGAACGCUUACCAUUUUUCUCUUUUGUUGUCUCCUGUUGUUUCUGUUUGGGAUUGUGUUGUCCGGAAGAUGAGGUAUUCCUACAGACCUGAGUGGGUGUAGUUGUGAGAUUUCUGAUAUUUUAUAAGUUUACUAUACUGAAACUAGGUAUUAAUUAUUUAGUAUUGAACAAAGGAAAAAGAAGAUAGAGAAGGAAACAAAAUUAUAGUGAAAUGUACACGUUUUAGAGGAUUUCUCUUUAAGGUAAAAUAGUAGAGCAAACAGGAUAAUAUUUAUAGGUUGAUAGUUUUCAUGGAUAGCAUAGCGUGUAAUAAAGUGCAACCUGUUAUGAGAAAAGUGAAGAAGAAGCAGGUCAAAGGUGAGCUGGAUCGUCUCAAACAGGCAGAGAAGAAGAAGAGGCGCUUGGAGAAAGCUCUUGCUACUUCUGCAGCCAUCAUAUCUGAAUUAGAGAAGAAGAAACAGGAAAAAAAGGAAGAACAGCAGAGGCUUGAUGAAGAGGGUGCUGCAAUUGCAGAGGCUGUUGCUCUGCAUGUGUUACUUGGUGAGGACUCUGAUGAUCCACGUAAAAUUGUGCUAAACAAAGAAGAUGGUUUCGGCCCUUGGGAUUGUGCUAGCAGGAUCAAUCUCUUUAUGGAUGAACAAAGGGCAUGCCUUCCGCAUCAGGACCAGUUAAGGCAUUCAUAUGAAAGAAUUGGCUGGAUCUCCAAUGCAUGUGGAACUGGGUGCGAGUGGAGUGAUGUGGAAAACAACUGGUCAGUCUCAUAUGGGUCUUUAGGAAGUGAUUUGCAUGCGCCAUACUUCGAGGAUGGAGGUUGGAGGACCACAGAAUUUUCUGCUGGUCUUAUUGCAGCACAGGCUGUUUCAUCACUCCAGAUUGAUGAGGAUGAUCACGUCGACACAAUCGUCUUGAAUGGAAUGCUAGGAUGAUAGAUAGAAAGCACUCUGCUGCCUCUCAAAUUGAGUCGUGAUCUUUAGUUCAAAGUAAUGAUUUUGUAUAUAUUCCUUGAGGCUUUAUCUUUGUCUAUCAGAUCUGAAUGUGGCUGCUUCUAUGUUGAACAGAUGUUGCGCAUAGCGUGCACUGUGUUGUCACUCAUUACUUCUAAAAGUGUGCACUGUGUUGUCACUCAUUACUUCUAAAAGUGUGCACUGUGUUGUCACUCAUUACUUCUAAA